AUAUAUUGGAAGUAGCAUAUAAGAAGGUCACCUCCCCUACAUCACUUUUCCCUGGACAACUUUUCCCUUGUUGCUUUGACAAUCUCAUGUUUCAUCUUUACCCUCUCCCUCCCAACUUCUGCCUUCCUUUCCAAAUUAUAUUGCAGUAUCAUCUCUCUCUCUCUCUCUCCCUCCCCCCUUCCUUCCUUCUUUUAAUAUCAUACACUCAUAUCUUACUCAGUUCUUGCCCUUCUAUUGGCUGGUGUGAUUUACGAUUGUUAUAUCUUCUCCAAUUGGACCAGUUGGUGGUUGGAUUUAGGAAAUCCUAGGACAUGGAACAUGGUGCUUUAGUGCUAAGCGAGGGAGAUGAUGAUAUGGAGUUGCCACCAGGUUUCCGGUUCCACCCUACCGAUGAAGAACUCAUUACUUACUACCUUUACCAGAAGGUUAUGGAUGCCAGCUUUAAUGCCAGAGCCAUUGGGGAAGUUGACUUGUACAAAUCUGAGCCAUGGGAUUUGCCCUUCAAAGCUAGAACGGGAGAGAAGUCAGGGUACUUCUUCUGUUUGAGGGAUAGGAAGUAUCCAACUGGUUUGAAGACAAACAGGGCUACAGAGGCUGGUUACUGGAAGGCAACAGGAAAAGAUAAGGAGAUCCACCAACGCAAGUUUCUUAUUGGGAUGAGGAAGACCCUUGUGUUCUAUAGAGGCAGAGCACCCAAAGGAGAGAGGACCAACUGGAUCAUGCAUGAAUACAGAUUAGAGAGAGAGGAUUCUGUCUAUAACCUCUCUAGAACAACAAUGAAUGAGUGGGUGAUAUGUAAAGUAUUCCAUAAGAAUUCAGGAGAGAAGAAAGACACAGAACUUGUUGGGAUGGGCUCCAGGUUUGAAGAUGGAUUGUAUUCCACUCUUCUAGGUCCAUGGAUGAAUGAUUCCAACCGCAGCAAGAACAAAGCCUCUUCGGCAUCUGUCUCGACCCACGUGACCUGCUUCUCCGAUGCCUUCGAGGGUGACAUGAGCCAUGUGGAGCUGUUGCAGAAUUGCUACAAUUUUGCCUGUCUCUCUACAUCCAAUUCUUCAAAACCAUCACUACAACAUUUUGAGGUGUCUCUGCCAGGCUCCUUGAAUACAACCCAUGGGGCUUCUCAGAACCUGGGUGCCAGUUUGGUGCAAUUGCUUGAGAAUAAUGGGCAUAGAAGGGAAAAGAGUUUCGAAAUGGAGAGGGAAAAUAGCAUUGCAGGUCUCACAAACAAUUAUAUGGACGUGCACUUAUUUGCUUGCCAAGAGUACCCAAAUGCUUCAGCAAGGCCUCUGCACCUUGAUGGGUGUUUCUAAACCACUUGGAAAAAAGGAUUUCAUGCAAACAAAAAAUUAAAUUCAAGGAGAGAGAGAGAGAUGUACAACUGGUGUGUGAAUGUAAAUAUUGGUUUCAGUGCACAGAUUUAGAACUUCAGAAGAUGACAU